AUGCUGUUCGUCGACAAGUACAGGCCGAAGGCCCUCUCGGAGCUCCACUACCACCACGAUCUGUCGAAGCGCCUUUCGUCCUUGGCCGGCCAUGAAGACUUCCCGCACGUCCUCAUGUACGGACCAUCAGGAGCAGGCAAAAAGACACGCAUCGCAUGUCUCUUACGAGAGCUUUACGGCUCUGGAACAUACAAGCUCAAGAUCGACCAGCGUGUCUUUGUCACACCCUCGAACCGCAAGAUCGACGUCAACAUUGUCUCAUCCAACUAUCAUAUCGAACUCACUCCAUCAGAUGCAGGCAUCUACGAUCGACUCGUGAUCCAGGACAUCCUCAAGGAGAUCGCACAGACCCAGAACGUCGAUCUCAACGCGAAACACAGGUUCAAGGUGGUGGUGAUCAACGAGGCCGACUCGCUCAGCAGAGAUGCUCAAAGCGCACUGCGAAGGACCAUGGAGAAGUACAUGGCCAACUUGCGGCUGGUGCUGUGCGCGACGAGCACGAGCAAGAUCAUCGCGCCCAUCCGAUCUCGUUGCUUGCUCCUUCGAGUCGGAGCCCCUUCAGACGAUGAGGCGAGUAUUCAUUCCGCCCGCGAGGGUCUUUUCGCGAGCAAGGAGCGCUUCACCAUUCCGGACGCUGUACAGACGCAGAUCUGCGACGACUGCAACGGCAAUCUGCGCAAAGCCAUGCUGGUGCUCGAGGCGCUCCGCAUGCAGUCGCCCGACCUCUCCGCCGGCAUCGGUAUCGCCAAACCGGACUGGGAGAUCUACAUCACCAAGACCGCCGACCUCAUCCUCUCGGAUCCAUCGCCACAAAACCUGCUAGCUGUCCGCUCCAAACUCUACGAGUUACUGGUGCACGCCAUUCCGCCUACACUCAUUCUCAAGCAUCUCACAGACAACCUCGUCAAAAAGGUAGAUAGCCAGGUCCGACCUGCCAUUGUUCAGAAGGCGGCGUUCUACGAGCUCCGAACGCGCACCGGAUCCAAAGUCAUCUUCCACCUCGAGGCGUUCGUGGCCGCCGUCAUGCACAUUCAAAAGAGCUUCCUGCUCGGCAUGGGCUGGGACGACUAG